AUCCCAGUGUAAUGUCCCAAACUACCUGACAGAACAUCAACAGGAAGAAACUCUUCAAACUCUCUCUCUUCACUGGAUCGAAGCUACUGAGAAUCAAAGAGACUGCAAUUCACAACGCUUUCAAACAAAGCCAAAUUUUUGUGAAGAACUGUCUUGCAACACUGACAUGAUGUCCCAGCACGGAGUUUUGGCCAGCCUUUUCGGCGACGACCCUUUCUUCAGUCAGGAAAGGCUCCUGUGGCCACUGCGUCAUGAGGCCCUCUCCUCAUUGCAGCAGGACUUCUUCAACCAGAGAACCAAGCUGGCCGACAGCCUCCUCAGGGAGCUCCAUGACGCACCCCAACUGCUCAGAUUUUCCCAGUUCCCCCUCAUUUCCUCCACUUUGGCGAGGUUGAGUGACGAUACAGAGCAGCAGAGAGAGACUUCCGCUGUAGAGCUGCGCAAGGAGGCUCAGCAGGCCACAGAAAACAAUGGCGACCUCCUGGUGACCCUAGAUGCUCGUGGUUACGCCCCCAAUGACAUCACUGUCAAACUGGAGGGACGGAGCCUGGCAGUGGUGGCCAUGAAGCAGGCCGGAGCAGAAGAGAGCCAGUCCUGCUCCUCAUCCUCUUCCCAUGCCUCCUUUUGCUCCUCUGCCUCGUCUAAGAUGGGAUUCGCCCAGAAGAUCAACCUGCCUGCUCACCUCGACCUGUCCGGCCUCUCCUGUAACUUGAUGGAUGACGGACAGCUGCGUAUCCACGCCCCCGUGGCCAAGCAGCCAGUGAGUGAGGAACGUCAGGUGCCCAUUCGAUUCAGGACGGCGCUGGAAUUUCCCAUUUCCAAGGACAAGGCAGAGGAGGAACACACAGACUAAAACACACAUAACACACACUCCACACAUACUGUCUGAAUGAAAACACAUUUUUUAAUAAUUAUAUAAAUAAUAAUAAAUAAAUAAACAUGUUUUUAUGUCCACGCACACACACUUCCACGAAAAGACUGUCAAUGAAAGUUUACAAUUACAAAAAGAAUAUUUAUUUUCUAAUUAUUUGCGAUUUAUAUAAAUGUAUGUUGAAAUAAAGACUUUUGAAUUUAUUAAAUAAAA